UGCUGUGUGUAUGAUUUGGCAUUCAAACCAGAUGGCUCUGAACUGUUAGUGGCAGCCGACACCAAGGUACUUAUUUACGAUGGUAGUGAUGGCACUCUACUCCAGUCACUCAAAGGGCACAAAGAUCUUGUUUAUGCGGUCGCGUUCUCAUACAAUGGCGAGCGAUUCGCAUCUGGUUCAGCUGAUCGUUCAGUGAUNGUAGAACAUAUUCUGAAGGCACUUAAAAGACAAACAGUUGCCGAAAUUACUUAUGUUAAGUAUGCUUUGAUACUUUUGAAAACGCAGUCUAUUCGGAAGCACAAUGAAGCUGUUCAAUGCCUUGCGUUCAGUCCCGUUGCUUGUUUUCUGCUCAGCUGUGCGAUCAGCGAUUUUGGAAUGUGGACCCAAACUGAGAAAAGUGUGAGUAAGCAACGAACGUCGAGUAGGUGUGUUAGUUGUGCGUGGAGUUGCGAUGGUCAGUUCUAUGCGAUCGGUAUGUUCGAUGGCGGUGUUUCACUACGUUCAGUAACGGCGGGAUUGGAGGUCAAAAGGAUCGAACGUCCGUCGGGUGAACCAGUUUGGGCAGUCGCAUUCGGAGCUGCAAGAGCCGCAACUGGUUAUCCAGGAGAACUGCUAGCAGUCGCUGACUGGGGACAAACUGUUGCGUUUUAUGAUCUUGAUGGGAAUCAGGUGAUUCGAGAUGAGAAAAAACUGGGAUGUGAUCCAACAGCGAUCGACUAUUUCAAUUAUGGCCAAUUUCUUGUCAUAUGUGGAUCGAAUCGUCAAGUCACCCUUUUCAGUCGCGAAGGUACCACAUUAGGAACAAUAGCACAAAUGGAUACAUGGGUUUGGACGGUUAAGGCGAGACCGAAUACAAACGCUGUUGUCGUGGGAUGCGUGGAUGGUACAUUAGCUUGCUAUCAACUUAUGUUCAGUACAGUUCAUGGACUACAUAAGGAACGUUAUGCAUAUCGCGAGAAUAUGACCGAAGUUGUGAUACAACAUCUCGGUAAACAGCGAUCUGUUCGAAUCCGAUGCAAUGAUUUGGUUCGAAAAGUAGCUGUCUACCAUAACAAGCUUGCAGUCCAACUGACCGAUCGAGUCCAUAUAUAUCGGCAAGGUGUUGAACGAGAGGAUGGGCAGCUGGAAUACCGACUUAUUGAGCGAAUCAAUCACACGUUCGAGUGCUCAUUACUUGUUGUUUGUGCACAACAUCUGAUAUUGUGUCAAGAAAGACGCCUACAGUGUUAUGACCAUAAGGGCCUUAAACAACGUGAAUGGCUACUGGAAUCACUCAUUCGCUACAUCAAAGUUAUCGGUGGGCCACCAGGACGAGAAGCUAUCCUAAUUGGCUUGAGAAAUGGGGCGGUAUGCAAAAUAUUUGUCGAUAACCCAUUCGCCAUUCAAAUGCUACAGUUGAAAAGUGCUGUUCGUUGUCUCGAUAUCAGUCACCUCAGGCGUAAAUUGGCAGUUGUAGAUGAAACUGGCGUCUGCAUGACAUUUGAUGCAAAUACCAAGCAACUUCUCUUUCAGGAACCAGCCUGUAAUAGUGUUGCGUGGAAUGCAGACCACGAGAAUCUUCUAUGCUACUCGGGUGGAGGUGCAUUGAGCAUUAAAGCCGAUAACUUUCCUGCUUAUCAACAGCGCAUGCAGGGAUUUGUCGUUGGAUUUUCUGGUAAGCGAGUGUUUUGUCUGCAUAUGUUCGCGAUGACAGCCAUGGAGGUGCCAUUGUCCAAUCAACUCUAUCAGUAUCUUGAACAAAAAAUGUACAAAGAAGCUUAUGAGCUUGCAACGCUUGGAGUCACAGAAGGCGACUGGACGAUCCUUGGUCAUGACGCAUUGCAAAAUUUACGGCUGGAUAUAGCAAAAAAUGCGUUUCACAGAGUCAAAGACACCAGAUAUCUCCAACUGAUUUCAGAGAUUGAGGAGAUGCAGCAACGUGGUGAAAAGCAAGAACUGAUGCUGGCUUACAUGAAAGCAUAUCAGGGUCGUUUCCGUGAAGCAGCAAUGCUCUUCCAGAGCCACGGCUACGAGCAGAAAACACUCGAGAUGUUCACUGAUCUGCGAAUGUUCGAUCAAGCUGGAGAACUGUUAUCAACGGCCUCUGAUGAAACACAAAAAGCGCUCAUGCGUAGAAGAGCUGACUGGGCGAGAGAUUCAAAUGAACCACGAGUAGCGGCGGAAAUGUUUGUCGCAUCUGGUGAUUAUGAUAAGGCCAUUAAGUUGAUGAUCGAAAACGAUUGGGUGGACAUGUUGGUGAAUUUAAUGCAUCGAAUGGAUCGCAGCGAUGUCGAUGCCCUGCGAACAAUUGGAGCGUAUUUGGUCAAGAAGAAAGAGUACACACUGGCCUCACAACUAUUUAUUUCGAUAAACGAUAUACGUGCGUUGAUUAAUAUGCAUGUCACAGCUGCACAAUGGAACGAUGUAAGUUCAAUGAGUCAUGAACAUGUUACAGCAUUCGCGAUCGCUUCUCGUUAUCCAAAAUACAAUGAGGAUGUUUAUCUGCCUUAUGCACGAUGGCUGGCCGAGAAGGAUCGUUUCGAAGAAGCACAGAAAGCAUAUCACAUGGCCGGACAUGACAAAGAAGCACUCUGGGUGCUUGAGCAACUGACCGAAAAUGCAGUGCGUGAAGAUCGUUUUCUCGAUGCUGGAUAUUAUCAUUGGAUGUUGAGUUCGCAGUACUUGGACAGAAGUGUCAAUGAUGAACAACUAGUGAAUAAGUUCAAAGAAAAUUGCACGAAAGCAGAUUGCUAUUACGCUUACGACGCUAUUCACAAAUAUCUGGCUGAACCCUUCACCAGUCGUCCAGCAGAAGCACUGGUCAAUAUAGCACGUUAUCUGGCAUUCCAGGAGGACGUUCAUAAAGUAUCACGAGUGUCAGUUGCACCGUUCAUUGAACACUGCCUCGGCCAAGCAUUAGGUGCAUAUAAGCUGGCUCGCUAUGCACUGGAGCAACUCAGCUUUUUGAAGGCACCAGCACGUUUCGAGAAAUUGAUCGCUAUUGCAACUGUUAUGAUUCGAGCAAAACCCUUCACUGAUGCUGAAGAGUUGUUACCUAUGUGUUACAGGCAAGUAGUACAAUCCUCUAAACCGAUCUACCUUUCAAAUGCAGGUGCACUUCAAAACAAUUUAGUAUUAUCGAUGAUCACAACGUAA